UGGCGCCAUUGGUUACAAGCGCCGUCGAUAGAUAAUCUCUGACCAAUCGACGGCCUUACUGUACAUCGCCGCUGUCCAAUCACAAGCCGCUGAGCGGCCACUUGAGCUCGCCCCUAAAUAGUCGUCAGCUAGUGGUCGAGUCAAGUCAUUUAGUAGAAUGGUCGAGAUGGGUGGUACGCAUCUUUAAUGGCCUCAACUCAGCUUUUAAAUAAGUUAUAAAUUUCACUUUAAGCUACUUGUGUUAUGAUUAAGGUGCGAGUUUGCAUUUGUACGUAACUUAAAGCUGCUGCUGGUGCCCUCACUUUUUCUCUCCCUGUUUUCGCUAUUUAAAGUCGGACUCUUUGGGGAAGGAUGUCAGUCCCCGGCAACUCGCUCCAACAGCCCCGUGUGAGACGCAGCAACGCGGGCUCCCCGGGCUCGUUCGGAAACGGCGGAUGUCGCCUGCACCCGCUCCGCGCCACCGUGCCCUACCAGCUGCUGCGCGGCGGCCAGGGCAGCCCAACGCGGCCGUCGCCGAGCCUCCACGGCGGGGCCGCCGCGGGCAGCCGAGGCUCCAGCCCCCCCUCCAGCCCGACUCUCCUCCUCCCAGGAAGUAAGCAGGGACUGUCGUCCGAAAACAAGGACGCCUCCUGCCCCCCGGACUCGCCCGUUUCCAGAGCAGAAAGGUCCAAGUUGCAGAUGCGUAGCUCCAGCGCCAUUCGACGGACAUCUUCCCUGGAUGCCAUCACCGCCCCGUACCUCACCGGACAGUGGCCCCGAGAUGUUCACGGGCCUUACCCCUACUGUAUGAAAGACAAGUCCACUCAGACUCCAGGCAUGUGGAUGGACGACGGGGCGGACCAAGGGAGUCCUCACCAGAGGUCCGCCUCCUGGGGAAGCGCAGACCACCUCAAGGAGCAGAUUGCCAAGCUGAGGCUGCAGCUUCAGCGCGGCAAACAAGGGAGUCGGCAGAGCAAAGAGCGAGACGCCACGUCCGGGACGCCACACACCCAACAAGCCGCCGCCGCUGCCGCCGCUGGUGCCUGUCCUUCACAGCAUAAGGGAUCUUCUUGUUCUUUGUCCGCCAAGUCUCUGAUCUGCAGAGUGCCGAGCAGUGUGGAGGCGAUCAACCACGAGCUGGAAAACGUCUUCAUCAGACAUGAUUGGGAGCACGGCUUACAGGCCACAGACGCAGCAGACGGCCGUCGGGCUCCUUUCCCGCUGCACCGCUACAGCAACAUGGGGGAGACACGGGACACGGAUACCCAGGCCCCCUCCAGCGGAGAGUCCAGUCCGUCCCCCCGACUCCGCAGCCCCCUCAGUCCCCAACACCUGCACUCCCCGGACGGAAGCCCCUCGUCCUCAGCGGAUGACGUGGACAAAGAAGGCGCAUGCGGCUCGCCCCUUCCCAAGUUUGCCACAUCUCCCAAACCCAACAACAGCUACAUGUUCAAACGAGAGCCACCGGAAGGCUGCGAGAGGGUCAAAGUCUUUGAUGAGAUGCUGUGUGGCCAAUCAAAAGGCUUCCCGCUCUUCUCGUGUCCCGACAAAAACAAGGUGAACUUCAUUCCUCGAGGUUCAGCUUUUUGCCCGGUCAAGCUGCUCUGCUCGUCCCUCUUCUCGCCCAUGUCCUGCUCCGGCGCCGAUGCCGACGCCGGCGCCAGUGCCGCCAGUCUCCACAGCAAUGACACCCAGUCUCAGGACACGCCCAACUCGCCCGAUAGGCAGGAAGCUGAGGCGGCCGUCGGCGGUUUGUCGUCAGGAAUAUAAAAGACGCUGCCACAUUAUAAACGCAACAACAACAACAAAAAAAGCUUUGCACUCCAUUAAUUCCAAAUCAAGCUCAUGUCCACACAAUCACUAAUAUAUUUUUAACACCUCUCCCCACCCGCGCCAAUAAAGCUAGUGCGAACUAAAAGCUUAACUGCGCGGCUACGGUAAAGUAAUUAUUAGCUGAUUUAAUUUAGGCUAACACCGAUGCACUUUCAAUCACGUUAUUGAACAAAACGGCAAGUAAACACAAGCAGUUGUUAUUGUUCGUCAACUGAUGCUGUUUCUCGACAAGCAGAGAGGCUAGCGGUUAGCCAGUUAGCUGCCAGCCAACUCGAUGCUCCAAUUUGUUCAGGCCCAGGCCAAGUCCAACUUUGCAUUCAGUCACAAAUACGGCACUGUACAACAUGAGGAUGGCGACCCCAAGUGGACAAAAAUAUCUGCACCUCACGUAUCACAUUGGCAUUGUGAAGGUUUGAAAUACAUAGAAUAAUUUUUCAAAAGUCACUGCUUCCAUCUGUCUGUAACCUAACCCCCACAAUAAACAAGAGUUUAUUGUCAUUUUUUUUU